GGUUAUUUUGUCAUGCCAUGUGUUGUGGUAUGUGAGCUCAAGCGCUAGUUCUGUUUAUAUCAAAAUGAGUUCUCAAAAAGGCAACGCAUCUCGCUCACGAGGACAGAAGCACCAAAACACGACUGCUUACAAGAACGACAAAUAUGGAGCAAGUGUUCAAGUGAAGGUACGGUCUAUGACUGGCUGGCUAACGUUACAUAGCGCCUUGCUUCAUUACAAGACAUGAUGGCAGUGCGUUAGCAAAACAGUUGGCUAGCUAGCGAACCAUUUGGAUUCAUUCUGUCUGGCAACUAUGUCUACCAUACGUAUGGAUAAUGCUGGGCUGAUUGUAGGUCUGUUUUACUUUUCCCUGUGUAAAUCUGGUGCUGAUGUUGUUGCAGAUAGCAAACUCAAAGGUCCACAACGGAUUGUGCCAACGCUGCAAGGAAGUUAUUGAGUGGAAAGUCAAGUACAACAAAUACAAAUCCCUCACCCAACCUCGAACAUGGUGAGUACACACACACGCUGAAAAUGUAUGCACUCAGUGUCGUUUGAGAUAAAAACGUUUGCUAAGUGGCAUAUUAAUGAUUAAUGAUCCAAUAGUGAGCCAAAUAGAGGUAGGAUGUACUCAGGUGCAUGCAUUUAUCCCACUUAUCUAGCCCGACAAAGCUCGCCGUCAUUUUUACAGUUGAUUAUGUUUUACAUUUUAGAUUUAUCAAGGGAAGCUUUUUUGGAUUUGAAUGGGUGAAAUGUUGGCUAGGGAAGGGGUGGAGGACAUGGGUAUUCAGGGGGUGUUUCUGUGUGUUUCAGUGUGAAAUGUUCUCAGAAGACCGUGAAGGAUGCGUAUCACGUCAUUUGUAAACCCUGUGCCCUGAAGCUGGAGCUUUGUGCCAAGUGUGGGAAGAAAGAGGACAUCGUCAUUCCGUGAGUGUUCCUACACUAUGGUGUAUGUGUGAGUCUAAUGCCCACAAGCAGUGUGCUAAGCUGGCAGAGAUGUUGCUUGGAAACAGUGAUGUCUGUUUCUACUGCCGUCUACUGGGUGAAAACAAAUAGUCCACAUUUACCUUGUUCAUUGUAAUUUUUUUAUUUUAUUUUUUAUUUCACCUCUAUUUAACCAGGUAAGCCAGUUGAGAACAAGUUCUCAUUUACAACUGCGACCUGGCCAAGAUAAAGCAAAGCAGUGCGAUAAAAACAACAACACAGAGUUACAUAUGGGGUAAAACAAAACAAAGUCAAAAAUACAACAGAAAAAAAAUAUAUAUAUAUAUAUAUAUAUACAGUGUGUGCAAAUGUAGCAAGUUAUGGAGGUAAGGCAAUAAAUAAGCUAUAGUGCAAAAUAAUUAUAAUUAGGAUUAACACUGGGAUGAUAGAUGUGCAAGAAAUGAUGUGCAAAUAGAGAUACUGGGGUACAAAUGAGCAAAAUAAAUCACAAUAUAGGGAUGAGGUAGUUGGGCGGGCUAAUUUCAGAUGGGCUGUGUACAGGUGCAGUGAUCGGUAAGGUGCUCUGACAACUGAUGCUUAAAGUUAGUGAGGGAGAUAAGUGUCUCCAGCUUCAGAGAUUUUUGCAAUUCGUUCCAGUCAUUGGCAGCAGAGAACUGGAAGGAAUGGCGGCCAAAGGAGGUGUUGGCUUUGGGGAUGACCAGUGAGAUAUACCUGCUGGAGCGCAUACUACGGGUGGGUGUUGCUAUGGUGACCAAUGAGCUAAGAUAAGGCGGGGAUUUGCCUAGCAGUGAUUUAUAGAUGGCCUGGAGCCAGUGGGUUUGGCGACGAAUAUGUAGUGAGGACCAGCCAACAAGAGCGUACAGGUCACAGUGGUGGGUAGUAUAUGGGGCUUUGGAGACAAAACGGAUGGCACUGUGAUAGACUACAUCCAAUUUGCUGAGUAGAGUGUUGGAGGCUAUUUUGUAAAUGACAUCGCCGAAGUCAAGGAUCGGUAGGAUAGUCAGUUUUACGAGGGCAUGUUUGGCAGCAUGAGUGAAGGAGGCUUUGUUGCGAAAUAGGAAACCGAUUCUGGAUUUAACUUUGGAUUGGAGAUUCUUAAUGUGAGUCUGGAAGGAGAGUUUACAGUCUAACCAGACACCUAGGUAUUUGUAGUUGUCCACAUACUCUAGGUCAGACCCGUCGAGAGUAGUGAUUCUAGUCGGGUGGGCGGGUGCAAGCAGCGUUCGGUUGAAGAGCAUGCAUUUAGUUUUACUAGUGUUUAAGAGCAGUUGGAGGCUACUGAAGGAGUGUUGUAUGACAUUGAAGCUCGUUUGGAGGUUUGUUAACACAGUGUCCAAUGAAGGGCCAGAUGUAUACAAAAUGGUGUCGUCUGCGUAGAGGUGGAUCUGAGAGUCACCAGCAGCAAGAGCGACAUCAUUGAUAUACACAGAGAAAAGAGUCGGCCCAAGAAUUGAACCCUGUGGCACCCCCAUAGAGACUGCCAUAGGUCCAGACAACAGGCCCUCCGAUUUGACACAUUGAACUCUAUCUGAGAAGUAGUUGGUGAACCAGGCGAGGCAGUCAUUUGAGAAACCAAGGCUAUUUAGUCUGCCAAUAAGAAUGCGGUGGUUGACAGAGUCGAAAGCCUUGGCCAGGUCAAUGAAAACGGCUGCACAGUACUGUCUAUUAUCGAUCGCGGUUAUAAUAUCGUUUAGGACCUUGAGCGUGGCUGAAGUGCACCCAUGACCAGCUCGGAAACCGGAUUGCAUAGCGGAGGAGAAGGUACGGUGGGAUUCGAAAUGGUCGGUGAUCUGUUUGUUAACUUGGCUUUCAAAAACUUUUGAAAGGCAGGGCAGGAUGGAUAUGGGUCUGUAACAGUUUGGAUCUAGAGUGUCACCCCCUUUGAAGAGGGGGAUGACCGCGGCAGCUUUCCAAUCUCUGGGGAUCUCAGACGUUACAAAAGAGAGGUUGAACAGGCUAGUAAUAGGGGUUGCGACAAUUUCGGCGGCUAGUAAGCUAAAUAAUAACUAUGUUCUCAUUUAGCAUGUAAUUUGUUGUUUUGAAUGACCGCUAUCAAAAUACUGCAUAACACUGUCCUUUUGGAUUCAAGAAAUGGUAACUACACUGAACAAAAACAUAAACGCAACAUGCAAAAAUGUCAAAGAUUUUACUGAGUUACAGUUCAUAUAAGGAAAUCAGUCAAUUUAAAUAAAUUCAUUAAACCCUAAUCUAUGGAUUUCACAUGACUGGGAAUACAGAUAUGCAUCUGUUGGUUACAUAUACCUUAAAAAUAAGGUAGGGGCGUGGAUCAGAAAACCAGUCAGUAUCUGGGGUGACCACCAUUUGCCUCAUGCAGCGCGACACAUCUCCUUCGCAUGGAGUUGAUCAGGCUGUUGAUUGUGGAAUGUUGUCCCACUCCUCUUCAAUGGCUGUACGAAGUUGCUGGAUUUUGGCGGGAACUGGAACACGCUGUCGUACACGUUGAUCCAGAGCAUUCCAAACAUGCUCAAUGUCUGGUGAGUAUGCAGGCCAUGGAAGAACUGGGACAUUUUCAGCUUCCAGGAAUUGUGUACAGAUCCUUGUAACAUGAGGCCGUGUAUUAUCAUGCUGAAACAUGAGGUGAUGGCGGCGGAUGAAUGGCACGACAAUGGGCCUCAGGGUCUCGUCACGGUGUGUCUGUGCAUUCAAAUUGCCAUCUAUAAAAUGCAAUUGUGUUCGUUGUCCGUAGCUUAUGCCUGCCCAUACUAUAACCCCACUGGGGCACUCUUGUUCACAUACACGCUGUCUGCCAUCUGCCCGGUACAGUUGAAACCGGGAUUAAUCCGUGAAGAGCACACUUCUCCAGCGUGCCAGUGGCCAUCGAAGGUGAGCAUUUGACCACUGAAGUUGGUUACGACGCCAAACUGCAGUCAAGUCAAGACCCUGGUGAGGACAACGAGCACGCACAUGAGCUUCCCUGAGAAGGAAAUUUGUGUAGUAAUUCUUCGGUUGUGCAAACCCACAGUUUCAUCAGCUGUCCGGGUGGCUGGUCUCAGACGAUCCCGCAGGUGAAUAAGCCAGAUGUGGAGGUCCAAAAUUUGAGAGAAGGUUUUUGUGUUUAUGGAACAUUUCUGGGAUCUUUUAUUUCAGCUCAUGAAACAUGGGACCAACACUUUACAUGUUGCGUUUAUAUUUUUGUUCGGUAUAGCAUGUUCAAGGGCUACCCGGACUAUUUGCACUGCCCCCCCACCCCAUCCUUUUUACGCUGCUGCUACUCUGUUAAGUAUUUAUGCAUAGUCACUUUAACUCUACCCACAUGUACAUAUUACCUCAACUACCUCAACUAGCCGGUGCCCCCGCACAUUGACUAUGCAACGGUACCCCCCUGUAUAUAUAGCCUCCCUACUGUCACUUUAUUUUACUGUAUAUAUAGCCUCCCUACUGUCACUUUAUUUUACUUCUGCUCUUUUUUUCUCAACACUUUUUUGUUGUUGUUUUAUUCUUACUUUUUUGUUUAAAAUAAAUGCACUGUUGGUUAAGGGCUGUAAGUAAGCAUUUCACUGUAAUGUCUGCACCUGUUGUAUUCGGCGCAUGUGACCAAUAAAAUUUGAUUUGAUUUGAGUUUAAAAAGAAUGUUUACCACAGUCUUAAAUGUUUUCUUACCUCGAGAUUAGCUCUAUGUCUAAAUCAUAUUAUAAUAAAGGCAUGAGAGACCUGCCCCACAUAAUUAUACUGCUCUCCACUGCUUUAUUCAAAUUAUUAUGAAAUGUGUGUGUUGCAAGUGCGCAAAUUCUGGUAACUUUAAAUGGCCUUCAGUGGUGAUACCCCUUUGUUCAAGUACUCUCAUGAAAAUUAUUUUGAGUACUCAUGUUAGCACUUUAAAUCUGGAUCAAAUGAAAUGUUAUUUACAUGUCUAUAGCACAUUUCUUACAACAAAUCCAUUUCAAGGUCCUUAACAUAUAGAAAUUGGGCGUCAGGUAGUUUAGUGGUUAAGAGCGUUGUGCCAGUAACCGAAAGAUCGCUGGUUCUAAUUCCCGAGCCGACUAGGUAAAAAAUCUGUUUGUGCCCUUGAGCAAGGCACUUAACCCUAAUUGCUCCUGUAAGUCGCUCUGGAUAAGAGCGUCUGCUAAACAACUAAAAAUAUAUUUCACUGCACUUGACAUGAACACAUCUUAGUUUGAAAAUGUCAGUGCUUAUAAAUGUAACCUAUUAGUAAUCCCUAAUAAUAACACGAGUGCAUAGGGAAGACCAGGGAAAUAACUGUCAGUUUCAAUAUCUCCAAUCAGGAACUAGCUAGAAUCAUGUGAUUCACUGUGCACAUGCUCAAUUUAGUUGCAAAGUCAUGUGAAGAGUCAAGUCACUGUGCCACGCUCAGCAAUUUUUUAAAUGUUCUUAUGUUCAAUAAAAAUGCAUUCAUUCUUGAAAUGCAUGUGUUAAUUAUAGUCAUUAAAAAAAUAUUUAUGCUAAAUUUUACCACAAACACUUACAACUGACCCUGACCACGGGGUCAAUUGAAACAUACUGUAACUGUCCUUGUUUGAGACAAAAUCAUGCAUUCUGUUUGAGACAAAAUGAUAACUAUAUCAAUUUGUAGCAGACAAAUUGAAGUUGUUUGUAUUAAGUGUUACAAUUAUCCCCGUAUCCACUACUAGUUCAAUAGGUUUUUGUGUCUCUGAAUAACCACGUGUGCUGUUGGGCACUAGUACUUUCAGGUUGUAAAGAUCAAAGGGUUCAAUUUUUCAUGAUUAUUUUUUUCAUUCCGCUUCCACCUAUAGGGUUAACACAAAGGAGGAAGAGGAGGAAGACCCCAAUCAAAAGAAGACCGGACGCACUCGGAGGAAGAAGGACUUAGAUGAGUUUGACAAUGACAAUGACUUUGGCGAUUUGAGCAGUGACUAUGAGGACUUUCCCAGUGACUCGGGUCUUGAGAAGGCAGGAGGCAAGGUCCCUAUCCCUGACGUGGCACAUGUUAGUUUCAAAGACUAAAGACAGCUAAACCAAGAUCACCCUAACUGUACCUCUCCUGUAUUCAUUGAAAUGGAUUAAUAUACUUAUCCUCUGUGAUUAUACAUACUUUUGCAUAGAAGCCUCCACAGUAGAUUUCACCACUCUAAAAUACAAUAGCCUACUUAUAUUUGGUGUUGGGACAUUUAAAUGGACAAGCCCACUUUCAAUUAACUGUUUUAUAAUAAAUCCUAUGAGACAUCAAUUUUGUUCUGUUUUGAUAGCUUUAAGGAAGCGUUAUCCUGUCGUGUUUGAAGGACAAUUGACAAGCAUUACUGUGAUAAAUUCAUUAUAGUGACCCCGCAGCUUUUCUCAUUGAAAAAAUAUAUCCAGUGUAUAUAAAUAUAGUAAUACACACACACGUACACAUACAGUGCAUUCGGAAAGUAUUC